GUCAAUUCGUGUAAACGUCAUCCAGGCGAGUUAGUAGCGAGUGGAGGAUUUUCUCAAGUUUUAAAAAUCCCAAUUAAUUCGAAAAUACUUGUAAAGUUUGUUAUGCGCAUAUAAAACUCAAAUGAAAAUGAGGAUUACAAACGUAAGACGUGGUAGGAUUGUGCGAAUGGGAGCGGGAUGCGCUGUUUUGUUACUUUUAGUUUACGCUCUGCACAAAUGGUCUAGCGAGAAUAACUCGUAUGUUGCUGACGAAAUGAUCGACUCAGAAGCUCAAGUUGGUUAUUAUAAGUUCCAUCGUGAUGUGUAUCCUACAUUAAAAUCAGAACUGGGAAACUUUGAACCGAAGGACUUAAGGACGGUGAAAGGUCCAGGAGAAGAGGGGAAGCCGUACCACAUGUCUCAGGACCGAGCCAACGACAUCGCAGAGUCCGAGAGUGAAUAUGGCAUGAAUAUUGCUGCUUCUGAUGACAUAGCAAUGAACAGGUCUAUCCCAGACACUAGGCUGGACGAAUGCAGAUAUUGGCACUAUCCUGAGGACUUGCCGAGUACUUCUGUGAUCAUCGUCUUCCACAACGAAGGCUUCUCAGUGCUGAUGAGGACAGUCCACACGGUCAUAGAGCGAUCCCCGCCGAAUGUACUGCACGAAAUUGUUUUGGUCGACGAUUUCUCCGAUAAAGAAAACCUGAAAAGUAACCUCGACAACUACAUAAAACGAUUUAACGGCAAAGUGCGGCUUAUCCGCAAUACUCAAAGAGAAGGAUUGAUCCGUACGCGAUCUAGGGGCGCCCAAGAGGCUACGGGCGAAGUCAUAGUCUUCCUUGAUGCUCACUGCGAAGUCAACCUCAACUGGCUCCCUCCUCUUCUAGCUCCCAUCUACCGCGAUUACAGAAUCAUGACAGUGCCCGUCAUAGACGGUGUAGACCACAAAACCUUCGAAUACAGACCGGUGUACCAGCACGGCACAAAUUACAGGGGUAUCUUCGAAUGGGGUAUGCUGUACAAAGAGAACGAAGUGCCUGAAAGGGAAGACAGUCGUCACAAACACAAAUCGGAACCUUACAAAAGUCCGACACACGCUGGGGGUCUAUUCGCAAUCAACAGACGGUAUUUCCUCGAAAUUGGAGCAUACGACCCCGGUUUACUGGUAUGGGGUGGCGAGAAUUUCGAAUUAAGUUUCAAAAUCUGGCAAUGCGGGGGCAGUAUCGAAUGGGUUCCAUGCUCAAGAGUCGGCCACGUUUAUAGAGCGUUUAUGCCGUACUCCUUUGGCAACCUGGCAAAGAAUCGCAAGGGGUCCUUAAUCACUAUUAACUACAAGAGAGUUAUUGAGACGUGGUUUGAUGAGGAGCACAAGGAAUACUUUUAUACCAGAGAGCCAAUGGCGAGAUUUUUGGACAUGGGCGACAUAAGCGAGCAAGUCGCUUUGAAAGAGAAGUUGAAGUGCAAGAGUUUCGGGUGGUUCAUGGAGAAUGUGGCUUACGAUGUAUACGAUAAGUUCCCGAAGCUUCCGAAGAACAUUCACUGGGGGAUGGUGAAGAAUAAAGCCACUGGGGUUUGCUUGGACACCAUGGGCAAGGCUGCGCCUGCUUAUAUUGGUACGUCAUCGUGCCACGGCUCUGGUAACAGCCAGUUGUUCCGGCUCAAUGAAGCUGGUCAGUUAGGCGUCGGCGAACGCUGCGUGGAAGCCGACACCGACAGCGUCAAGCAGGCCAUCUGCCGCCUCGGCACCGUCGACGGGCCCUGGAGGUACGAAGAAGAAAACAGCCAGCUGAUCCACCGACUGCACGGCUAUUGCCUCACGCUGCAGCCCCACGCGAGGACACUCGGCCUCGCACCGUGCGACUCACGAAACACGUACCAGCAGUGGACCAUCUCGCACAAGAAGCCCAACUGGUGAGCCGGUAGUUGACCAGAGACCAUAGACAAGGAUGAUGCUGAGGGAUGACUGACCAUAGACAAAGAUUUUAACUAAAAUAGAGAAAUACGGGUCUUAACGCAACAUUUUUAUGAGCUUCAUAAUGUGUACUCACGGCUUGACGAAGUUAAUAAAAAAUUGGUUGGGGCCCAAUUUAAGGAGGCCCUUUCAUGUUCAAAAAAAUAAUAAAUUUUCACAUUUCGGCUCUAAGGGCUCGGUAGCCCAGGGCUCCGUAGUCUGUACUAUUGAUAAAACACACUGGCUACGCCCCUGAUAAUACUAAUGGGGCGAAUAAGUAUGAAGAACUUGUUAAGCCUUUGGAGCCAUUUUAGACGACUAUAGUUCUUUAUGAAGUAUAUCGGCAGUAUUGUGAUUCAUGCCCUCAUUAUUUCCACACAAGUCGAAACAAGAGGUGUGGUUAUAUCAAUUGUGAAUCCUUGUCUAUGGUCACUCUCGAUUUCUACAAGAGAGAUUACUGCAUAAGACGAUGUCUGUCCGUGUUUUCAGACAAUAAAUUAUAUUAUAUCGAAAACAUAUCCCAUAAGCGACAGAUAGAACGGGAAAUACGGAACGACGAGCGAUGAUGAAACGAGCAACAUUUUUAAAGCAAUAUCUUGCCAAAAACAAUGUAAAUUGGUACCAAAUAGACGAGAUUCCUGGGCAAUAUUGCCAAAAAUGGUGCUCGUUUUCUACUUAUCUUUAGAUAAGAUCCUUCUUCCACCACCUUUUAAAUAAGCACCGUGGCCCGAUUCCGAACUAUUCAAAAUUAGUGCAACUAGAAAAAACUAAAGCAAGAAUUCUUAUUAAUAACGUAAAUCGAGUUUAGAUAGAUAUUUAUUGAUCCAUACACUGCUAGUAGUCUAUCUAUUAUUGUUGAAUU